AUGCUGCGCCUGAUCGCCGACAUCGAGGCUGAGGUGCCGCCCGACGCCAAGCCGCAGCCGCAGCCGGAGAAGGAGCGGGAGCCGAAUGACGACAUCAUCUCUGCCAUCGAGAACGAGCUGCCGCCUGACUACGAGCCCAUGCAGGCUCCGAGCGCUGUCGAAGAGCCGGCCGUCGACUUUGAUCCUGCGCUGGAUAUCAUCUCGGCGAUCGAGAAGGAGCUGCCGCCGGACUACGAGCCGGUGUCGGAGCCCGCCCCUCCGCCAGCGGAGGCUCAGGACCCUGCACUGGACAUCAUCUCGGCCAUCGAGAAUGAGCUGCCGCCGGACUACGAGCGGCCGCCGAGUGCCCAGUCGGGUUCGGCGCCCGGCUCUGCCGCCGCGGUCGAGCACUCGACUGGCCCGGGCGCGCCUGGAAGGAAGGCCACGCCGGCCACCUUCGUCCAGUUCCAGAAGGGGGGCACACUGGAGCCGGCGGCGGCGCCACUGCCAGCGCCGCCCGAGGUGCAGCCGGAGCUCAGGGAGGCGCCACCGUCAGUCGCGCCGGAGGACGUAGAUGACAGCGACAAGGCGAAGAUAAAUGGCAUGGUCGAAGAGAUUGUUGACAAGCUGGAGUUCCUGGGUGUGGGCGCGGAGACCGUGUCGCCUGUGAAAGUGCUCGCAAUUCAGGCCCAGCGUGCCUUGCUGGGAGGCUCACCAUCUGACCUCUAA